AUGGUGUCUGUUCAAUCGGCCUCUGUCUCUCGGCCUGUAACGGCCAACGAGACUUCGAAUGAUCAGGUUGCGGACGAGGAUGACCGUGAGCUUCUGAAGCUAGGAUACAAAGCUGUACUGGCCAGAGGCUGGGGAAGCUUCGAUAACUUUGCGUGCUCUUUCUCGGCACUGUACUGCAUCGGAGGUAUUCGCGUGCUAUUCUACAUCGCAUUAAGUGGCGGCGGACCUGCUGCCAUGUGGAGUUCCUGGGUCUCUGGGAGUGUUCUCUCAAUCAUCACUGCCGCAUGUCUCGCCGAAGCCUGCUCUGCCUACCCCGCUGCGGGAUCGAUCUACUACUGGGCGUUCCGAUCUUGGGGAGGAGGCCGCGUCGGCCGCUUCAUCUCGUUUAUGGUAGCAGCAUGGACCUUGGUCGCUUGGACUGCGUUUCUGGCCAGCGACUCGUUCGGGGUUGCCAACUACCUCGUGUCGGAAGUGGUGGUGUUCGAUCCGGAAACAAGCUUCCCCCACAGCACGUCUGACGUCCGCGCACGAGCCAUCGCCUGGGCGUUUUCGUUGGCUUUCUUGGGAAUUGCAACGGCCAUGAACUUCCUGCCGCCGCGCAUGUACUCUUGGGUUUUCCGCGCCGGCUUCACGGUUAUCGUCAUCGACAUGCUGCUCAAUUUCAUUUGGCUCCCAAUCGGCGUUUCGAAAACGUACGGGUUUCAGUCUGCGGAAUUCGUCUUCACCUCCACAUAUAAUGGUGGCGAUGUGACCCCGAGCCUCAACUGGGUACUCUCCUGGUUCCUCCCGGCGAGUUGCCUCGUAGGUCAAGACGCGUCGGGUCAUGUGGCCGAGGAAACCGUUUCUGCGAAGAAGGCCGCUGCUAAGGGUGUGUUCUGGGCAACAGUUGCUUCCGCGCUGUGUGGGUUUCCGAUCAUCGUUCUCUUCCUUUUCUGCAUGCCUUCGAUUGAGACGUUUUAUGAUACAAGUGCGCCGCAGCCUUUCAUCCAGAUGUACGCGCUGGCACUUGGCCCGCACGCCCAUGUGGUCAUGACCAUCAUCUCAAUGAUCGGUUCCAUUCUGAACACGUCCAUCUCCUUGGUUGCCGUAUCCCGGCUGGUCUUUGCUGUGGCGCGCGAUGGUGUCUUCCCUUUUAGUGAUGUGCUCUCCCGUGUCUCCAAGUCAAAGCAGCCUCACAAUGCAGUCAUCUUCAUUGCGACCAUCGCAGCUCUCCUGCUCUGCACCCAACUGCCUUCCCAGGUCGCCUUCUCAAGCUUGAUCUCAACAUCUGCAGCUGGAUCCAUCGCGGCAUACGGCCUUGUUGGAUUCGGUCGCACCUUUAUAUCUCGAAAGUCAUUCCGACCGGGCUUCUGGGACAUGGGCCGUUUUGGAGUUAUUGCGGCUAUUGUCACAUUUGCCUGGAAUGGCUUUGCCUUCUCCGUGCUUUGCGCCCCGCAGUAUGGAAACAGCCUGAUCGACAAAGACUCAAGCUUAUUCAACUAUGCCAUUGUCAUCAUGGGCGGUGUUACCAUUCUUGCACUGUGCGAGUGGUGGCGCAAGUCUCAAAAGGAAUGGUUCCAGCACCUGGAGACCAACACUGGUUCUGAAACCAAUCUCUCCGCUGAGCAAAAGGAAGCCGGCACCGUUUCCGCUGAACCAGUCUCGGUUUGA